AUGCAGACACUAUUUGGCACAACAAUCUAUGAAAAUAUUCGCUUUGGUAAAGAGAAUGCAACAAGAGCUGAGAUCGAAGAAGCCGCACGUCAAGCUAAUGCGCACGAAUUUAUUAUGCAAUUGCCCGAUAAAUAUGAGACAAUCGUAGGUGAACGUGGUGUUCAGUUGAGUGGCGGUGAAAAGCAACGUGUGGCUUUGGCACGUGCUCUUGUCAAACAGCCGAUCUUGCUUUUGUUGGACGAAGCAACAAGUGCUCUUGAUAAUACCAAUGAAAAGAUCGUCCAAGAAGCACUCGAUCUAGCUUCCAAAGGUGCAUCUGGUUGUGGAAAAUCGACUGUGAUUCAGCUCCUCGAACGAUUUUACGAUCCGUUACAAGGUCAAAUCUAUCUCGAUGGUGUCGACAUUCAACAACUGAAUAUACAAUGGCUACGUUCGUGUCUUGGUCUUGUUAGUCAAGAGCCUGUCUUGUUCGAUUUAACUAUUGCUGAAAACAUAGCCUAUGGUAAAGAGAACACGUUAUUAGAAGAUAUUAUCGAUGCAGCCACCAAAGCAAAUAUUAAUGAUUUCAUUCAGCAGUUACCUCAAGGCUAUGAAACCAAAGUGGGUAUGAAAGGUGGUCAGUUAUCAGGUGGUGAAAAGCAACGUAUUGCCAUUGCUCGAGUUCUUCUUCGUCAACCAAAAAUAUUGCUGUUAGACGAAGCAACAAGUGCAAUGGACUCUUACAAUGAACAGAUCGUGCAAGAAACGCUUGAGAAAGCUCAAAUGAACGAUUCAACUCGAACUUCACUGAUUAUUACUCAUCGUCUGUCGACAAUUCGUUCAUGUGAUUGGAUACAUGUUCUUAACAAAGGAUAUCUGAUAGAAAGUGGUACUCACGUAGACCUAAUGGAACGACGUGGAGCCUACUAUCGUAUGAUUAUGUGCAGCAAUGCUUCAUAG